AUGUUUUCUCCAGCGAGCGAUGCUCAUGAUCGCAAUCCAACUUAUUUAGAGGGUUUGCGUUUGGUGAAUGGUAAUCCGCUCUUCGGCCCACAAGGCCAGCAAUGGAUCAAAAGCAGGACAGGCUCGACCAUUUCACCAAAUAUCAUCGACAAGUACCGUCUGCCCUACCUAUGCUCCACCAGGCCCCCCCUUUCAAACGAUAAUCACAAGAUUCUAAAGCUUCCCGACCGUCAGAUUGUCGAGGAGCUAGCAGCGCGAUUUUGUUCAUCUCCCCAAUCUCUUGUCUUCCCCCUGUUGAGCCUUGACUGCUUCAUGCUGAGAACGCUGCCUCUCGCAUAUAUGUCUGGUACUAAACGGCAUGCCACCAGUGCGAAGUGUUGUGCGUACGGAGUCCUGAUCAUGAGCGACAUCUUUGGCCUUGACUCAGGCGACGAGAUGGCUGAUAUUGGUUCCUGGUGUCAGAGAUAUGCUUUGGAAAUCGAAGGUUCAAUACCUACCAUCUUACGCGAGAUGAGGGUUGACGGGCUUGAGGCGUUGAUGAUGCUCAUGAUCUUUAAAUACUUUAUGGGAGAUUUGGAAUCUGCAUCGUUCCUCGUUUCAGUGACCUCGCGCUUCUUGAUUCAACUCGGCGCGCAUCUAUACCCUUCUCCUUCAGACGCUUACAACAUAGACCACGAUGCUCACCAUAUACGUGACCUCUUUUGGGUCUGCUACUGCAUUGAUAAAGACUUGUCUCAUAGGACUGGUCAACCACCUACCAUCAACGACGAUCACUGCGACCUUACGCUACCUCCUAACUACGUCCAGAUGCAGACCUCCAAUAUCCUAAGUUUGAGCCCAUGUUCAAGUCGCAGCUCCUCCACCGUGCCGCUCUAUCCAUGGGACAUUCGACUCUCGGUCAUGAAGUCAAAGAUCUACAAUGACCUCCACUCAAUAGGUGCUUCUAGACUAUCAGAGGCGGAAAUACUGAGAAGGAUACGGCACCGAGAUGAAGACUUGGAAGCUUGGAGGGUGACUCUUCCAUCUGACCAUCGACCGACCUUGUCGUUCCUGGAGCAGACACCUGUUGAUGCCCAUACAAAUACGCAGGCAAUCAUGCUUCGACUAUCAUAUCACCACUGCGUUAUUCUCAUCCAUCAAGCCCGAUGCAGAGUCUUUCAAUCAGAUAAACCCAUCGACGACUUGAUCGAUGACGGCCAUAGGAUUAACUUCCAGAUUCUAAUCGACGCCUCAAGAUCUAUCUUGAUUUACCUGGAAAAGGCACUACCUGUCCUGGCCCACGAGUGCUUCUGGGUCAUCAUCUUCUACCCGAUGACAGCCAUCUUGACCAUCUUCUCUGUCGCGCUGCUCGAUAGCCGAUCGGACCCAGAGAACGAAAAACUUAAGCUGCUGCAAGGUUUUACACAGUUGAUCAGGCAAAUUCCUAUCAAAAGGCUCACAGUCGCUGAGAUAUCACAUUUGGAGUUUAUAGAAGAGGUCGUGGAGGAGAUGAGCAGAUUAGUGCUACUCACUCCAUGA